GAAGUGAAGCGCUGGCUGUUGACAGCUCUCCGUUAAGAUGGUGUAACCUCCCUGACUGCUGAUGGCGUCGCUGUGAAUCGUGCUGCUCUCUGCUCCAGCUUCGUGUGGUCUCGCCGGGACGCUCCUGGUUGUCUGUAAUGGAUAGUGGCGAGGAGGUGAGAGUGGAAACUCCUCCGUACUGCUGCUCCACCUGUGAUGGAGGGGAGGUCGCCCGCCGCAAUCUGGCUCGACGCAACAGGAAGGCCCGCAGCCUGAGCACCUCGUCGGCCAGCAGCUCCUCCGACCACAGGAGAGCUCAGUCACUUCAUGGACCAAGCCCUGUGACUACGUUUGGCCCAAAGGCAUGCAUGCUCCAGAAUCCACACACAGUCAUGCACAUUCAGGACCCCGCCAGCCAGAGACUGACGUGGAACAAGCCACCAAAAAGUGUCCUUGUCAUCAAGAAGAUCCGAGAUGCCAGUCUGCUUCAGCCUUUCAAAGAGCUCUGCAUAUUCCUCACAGAGGUGAAAGACAUGAUUGUUUACGUAGAAAACAAAGUUCUGGACGACCCGGCCAUUUCAGGAGAUGAAAACUUUGGGGCCAUUACCAAGAAAUUCUGCACUUUUAGAGAGGAUCUUGACGACAUCUCAAACCGUGUAGACUUCAUCAUCUGUCUUGGUGGAGAUGGAACGUUGCUGUAUGCAUCUUCGCUUUUCCAGGAGAGCGUUCCACCAGUUAUGGCCUUCCACCUGGGCUCCCUAGGCUUCCUGACACCUUUUAAAUUCGACAGCUACCAGUCUCAGGUCACCCAAAUUAUUGAAGGUAACGCUGCCCUUGUCCUGCGAAGUCGCUUGAAAGUGAAGGUGCUUAAAGAGAACUGGGAGAAGAAGGCCAGAGUGGACGAAAAGGGCAUCAUCCUGACCAAUGGGGACAAUGAAAGUAGCCGCAAAGCCAUUCAGUAUCAGGUACUAAACGAGGUGGUGGUGGACAGAGGACCUUCCUCCUAUCUCUCCAAUGUCGACCUCUUCCUGGACGGACACCUCAUUACCACAGUGCAGGCAGAUGGUGUGAUAGUAUCUACACCUACAGGAAGUACAGCGUAUGCUGUGGCAGCCGGAGCCUCCAUGAUCCAUCCCAAUGUCCCAGCCAUCAUGAUCACCCCCAUCUGCCCCCACUCGCUCUCCUUCAGACCCAUCGUGGUGCCUGCAGGGGUGGAACUCAAGAUCAUGUUGUCUCGUGAGGCCAGAAACACAGCCUGGGUGUCAUUUGAUGGAAGGAAGAGACAAGAGAUCUGCCAUGGAGACAGUAUUACCAUCACCACUUCCUGCUUCCCUGUGCCCUCCAUCUGUUUCCGGGACCCGGUCAACGACUGGUUCGAGAGCCUGGCACAGUGUUUACACUGGAACGUGAGGAAGAAGCAGAACUACCUCAGCUCGGAGGACGAGGAGUUCUGAGGCCUGCUCCGGGAUCUACAGGGUCUUUCCCAAGGUCUCCAUGACUCCAAAGUCCUGUCUUAACUCGACCGCGCUCUGUGCCGUUUUAAAAGUCUCACCAAACUCAAUUCAAAUAGUCACUACGACGUCGCCCCUCAUUCAAAUUAAUUUGACUCCAUAAAGUGUUGUGUUAUAAUAAUUGGUUAAAAAUAACUUUGACUGCGGUUCAUGUUUAAGUCUGGCAGAAUGAAAGUGUGAGAAAAAACAGGAAAACUAUGAAAUCCCCAAAGUUUUCAGUGAAAAUCAAUCAAACUAGAUAAAUAAGGCAUUUUAAAAAUAAGAAAUCAUGGUUAAACUGAAACAAUUCAAGAUCAUUACUGUACUAUCAAAUUUUCUUCCAGCAUUCUUGUUUGUUUCGCCACGUUUAAUGUAAAUUAUAAUGAAGGUGUGUGCUAAUUGCAAUGUUGAGGCUGAGACCGGACACUUGUGAUUGGCUGAAACUGCAACUUGGUUGUCUUGAAAAGUGACUUUCAAGUGAGUGACUAAGAACAAAAUUUGGAAAAUCGCUGAAGCAAAAAUUGAAUAUAAACUUCAUGAAAGUAAAAUUAUAAAGUAUAAUAUAACAAUUCAUUUUUUAAAUGUUAUUUUAACUUACAAAACUAUUUACAAAAACUAUUUCUUGAACUCUUUGGGGCUCCAUAGUAAACAAAUCUGAUCAUUGAAAGUCAGAGACUCAGGAUUGCACAGCCUGAAUUUAGAAAUAUGCAGCGGUGAUGAGGAGUCAAAAGUUCCCUAAAGGCUCAGGAUCUGAUGUGUGAGCUCAUUAAAAUAGUCUAUUUUUUUGAAUGGAGUUUGGAAUCACUGUCAGUCCAGGAUUGUCCCCAGUUGUGUUUUGAAAAAGUUUUGCCUUUUUUCUAAUGGGAUGAUCUUGGACUGCAACACACCGGGACAGUUGAGGAUGAGAGUUACUACGAUGCUCCUGGGGGGCGUUAUCAAGUCUGCUCUUGCACUUUCUAAUCUUUGAGACAGACGGCAGGGACACAGCCACAACAACAGGAUGUUCUCUCAGUAGAGGUGAAGGACGAGUUUCACUUUUGUGGAAAAUUCUCUAAAAAGAAUCAGUUAAAACCUGUUUUCUGUUCGUCAAAUCAGGAAAAACUGAAAACUGUUUGUUUUACACAACAUGUAGGUUUAUCUUGAUUCACACAUCUACUUGCCAAUCGUGGCCCAACUGUACAGACUGUGCCUUAAACACUGGUAUCAUUAAUGUAUAGAAAUAUAAUUUUUCAAGGUUUACAUCAUGGUAAUUUUUUAAGAAUCACACGUGCACAGAUUUGUGCAUUUUCUCUCUGAUGCUUCAUGACGACUUUUGUCCUCGCUGUCUGCAGAAUGUUUUUGUGUCGUCGAGUGUGUUGGACAAAAUGUUGAGUGAGACUCAUUCCAGGCAAAGAGACAAUAGUUCAGGUGUCUUCAGCAUCUUUUUAACAUUUUUAAAAAUGUCUUUUAAAGCCAUAGCUGAUCUCUGUGUAGUUUUUAUAGAUGGUGUCUGUGGGUUGUGGGUGGUGUUGUGUGUUUGUCCAGGGACUGAUCAUAACAGACUUUGGUGCAUCCUUGCUUCUCAGUUUGCUACCUGUCUGCCUCAGCUGAGGUGGCCUACCUUUCAUAUCUUAACAGAUAUCAUGUGUAGAUGUUAAUAUAUAUAUAUUUACCAGUAUAUAGUCAAUUGGCUCAACAUAAUGUGUUUGGUUAAAAAGAUGAAACUGUGGAGUCGACCUGUUGAGACUAUCCAGCGGACCAAGCGAGCUCUGAAAGGCAAUCAUUCCUUUAACUCCUGUACAUACAGCCAUGUUUCAAUAAGAUGUUUAUUAACCAGUUUACAAUGUGUAUUUGCGGAAAAUAAAUCUAUUUGGUACCUGCUUUUUUUUUCUUUUUUUUUUACAUUAAAAAGCUAUUUACAUGUUACUGCUAUGUUGAUGAAGACAAGUUUUGAUUCUAUAACUACAUUUUUCUGCCAUUUGUAAUUGGUCAGAAGAGUACUUGUUGUACCGUCAAGUACUGAAAUAAUCAAAUAAAGCCAAAGUUACUCUAACAGUCUGGUUUUCACAUGAAGUUAAUUUAAUGUGUGAGAGUGGAAACUGCCACAAGACCCGUUCUGAUUCCAACGCUGCUCUGAUCUGUUUGGUCCCAGUGAAACUUCUGGUUCUUCUCAGCUCUGGCAACUCUUCUCUGAAAGUGCUUUUCACUUCUGUAACUCUAAGAGCCUCUUUUGUAUCAGUCGGUUUGUGAAUGUUUCUAAUAUGAACUCUGCUAUUUUGCCUUACAGAGCACUUGAAUAAAACAGAGAGAAAGUGCUGUUUCUCACCUGAAUCCA